UGGCGGCGUAUGGUCAGUGUGAGCCAAGCUCUCGCGUGAGCAUGAUAUGGCAUCGUCUGACGUUGUGACAGAAGUUGGAAUUCAACCCGAGAUACAAGAAGUUGAAAUCGAUGCAAUGCCGGUCGAUAUACCAGUUGAAGCAAUGGAGUCGUAUGGUGGACAAGUAAUAUCGUUUCAACAAUUACCUGAACCAGGCAGAGAAGAAAUUGUUUUUCACUCCCAGGAAGUUGGCGGUGAACAAGAAAUUCCUUACCAACAAGUUUUACCCAUACAAAUGGACAGUGAUUUAACUAUUGAAUCUUUGCCCGGCACGUCUAAAAGAUCUGGUAGAAAACCUAAUAAAAGAAGGCGAGAUGAUGAUGGGAGUCCGACUAUGAUUAUUGGACAACGUUGGGAACAGAAACAAGUUCAAAUCAAGACCUUGGAAGGAGAGUUUUCCGUUACCAUGUGGUCAUCUGGUGUAGAUGAUGAUGAGUUGAGCAAUCCAGAACCUGAUCCUGACUAUGCGGAGUAUAUGGCUGGGUCCAGCCGCAAGCUGGGUGCUGGUGGAGUCCCUGAUGUUGACCUCAGUGACCCAAAACAACUUGCAGAAUUUGCUAAAAUCAAACCAAAGAAAAGUCCAAUUGCAGAUGUAGCAAGAACUAUUGCCUGUCCGCACAAGGGCUGCAGUAAAAUGUUCCGUGACAACAGUGCAAUGAGGAAACACCUCCACACUCAUGGCCCCCGUGUCCAUGUAUGUGCGGAGUGUGGCAAGGCAUUUGUUGAGUCCUCUAAACUAAAGCGUCAUCAACUUGUUCACACAGGAGAGAAACCCUUCCAAUGCACAUUCGAAGGAUGUGGCAAGAGGUUCUCUUUGGACUUCAAUUUACGCACGCACGUUCGGAUCCACACUGGCGACCGGCCGUACGUGUGUCCUUUUGAUGGCUGCAACAAGAAAUUUGCACAAAGUACAAAUCUUAAGUCUCACAUCCUCACACACGCUAAGGCAAAAAACAACAUGAGGGCAAACAAUAACAAUUCAGGGGCUGACACCACCCCUCAAUACGAGACCGAAUACAAUCUACCCUCGCAGACGCAGCAAUACGUGCAGGUAGAAAUGCCUUCACCUGAAGACCAGCAGUUCGUUAUCUACACAAGCUAGGAGGAGGCCAUCAGCCUCGUGCAGCUCUAGUCCUGUGCACAAGGCUGAGGCCUGAUCAGCUCUUCAAGAAUCUUUUUUUAUGUUUUUAUGAUGGUGUGGACUGCCUCGGCCUAGCAAAUCCAAUAAUAGAGAAGUUUGCUCUAUGUCUUCAGAAUAAUUUGUUCCGUUAGCUUCAUUUGCACUCGUGUCCUACUUUCAACACUGGUGAAUAAUGGGGAAUUUCGCGUUGAGUGAUUAUUCCCUUACUUCUUGAUCAAUUGGUUUUGGGACUUAUAUUGUCACUGGUCUGUUGAUGCGUUAGGUACUAACUGAUAUCAUAAUAUCAAAAUAUCUUUCAAAUACUGGGUAAUUUCGAAAAUGUUUAACAUUUAAUUUUUUUUUAGUAUGUUAUGAUGCUGUGACAGACCCAUUACCUUCAAAAAUCGUUACCUGCAUUGAAAAAAACUCAAAUAGGGACUAAGAACUUUUGGCUGAGACUCAAACCACUGAGACCUUCUGUAAAGUAUUAUCUGAAUUGAAAACCAUUUCAAAUAGUUGAUCGGGAGAGUAGUUGAUCUUGAUCUGAAGUCGACGCUAGUUUAUUUCAUAACAUGUUCUUCUCAGUAUUCCAUGAGAGGUUGGAAAGCAUCUUCUGCUUCGAGAUCAUACUUUUGACGUCUAAUUUUUCUUACUUCUCUGCCUCACUAAAGUUUUCACUCAUUUGUGGUCAAAUUCAAUUCCUAAAUUAGCAUGGUAGAUUGAUUAUUUAUUUAAUCUUGUACAAAAUUUAUUUGAAAUAAUCCUUUCGGAAAUUGUUUUAUAUUUUUUAAUUUAGUUUGACAUUCGGAUGUUCUUAUGGGUCGGAGAAUAGAUUAGCUCGUGCCUUGUCUCAUAACCUUUCAAGUUAUGCAGGGUUAUUGCAAAUUAUUCGUAGCUUAUAUUAUGAAUGAUACCAAUUUCUGUACUGUUCACCAAGUCCUGAUGGUUCAUAGGCAGUAAUAAUAUUCACCUAUAUGCCGAUCUGACUUCCCAUAUUUUUAGUGUUACUUAUCUGUAAUUUCUAACAACUAUUCACUGCCGAUUCUAGCGUGCGAUCACAUUCUUCGAUUCAUGAUGCUAUUCCUACCUGAGUUAUGAAAUGAAUAGCGCAGUUGAGGAUAUUUUGAUAGCCUUCUUUUCAUCAGCUUACUUGCAGCACUGACCUUACUUCACCGAAUUGGAGCAAGCUAAUGCAUCGUAUUUCGUUUCUUUCUUCCCUAAUAUCUGAUCGCUGCUCUUCUCGGCUUCCUACUCACUUUGAUACCAGUAUUCAUCGAAUUCUUUCUACUAUUCUCAUUACUUAUGGACAGCCUAAACCAAAUAAAUAAGUUGCGUUCUCAUUGACAGUAGAAAAAAUUUCUUUUCGUUCUUUGUUUUAACACUAGAUGAAUUUAAACUAGUGAGUUAUUGGUCGAAUAUCUCGUUUAUCGUUCUUUUUGGUUUAUCAAUAUCUUGCUCUCUUGUUCAGAGAGUGAUAGAUCUCCUGUAACUUUUUAUGCAACCCCGUGACAAUCUAACCACCAUCGAUAGCUCGCUCGUUUAUUUUUGGUUAUCGAUGAUUUUAUACAAAUUAAACUGAAAGUUUUAUAUCUACUUUCCCGUAAUUUUCUCUCGUGAUUUUGCCUCUAAUGCAAUUGUAUUAGAGUUGGACGGUCAGAAAUUUGCUUUGCUCGGAACGAAGAAGCUCAUGUUGAGCUCGUGACGCUUAGUUUGCCUAGUGAUAGGUGGUGUUUAUUUUCUAAUUUGUCCCGCACGAUCUUUAUUACGUUUACCAAGUGUAAAUAAUUGUGCAUUUAUUAGUUAUUGUCUUAUAAACUAUGUAAGUUUUCAUGUUUUUAAUUCGUUGACUACCAUUGGAAAAGUCAGGUAAUCGGAGGAAAUAAAACAUACUGAGAGGUCAGGCGGCGUUUAGUUGGUUUACGAAGCAUUUGCUUAGCAGAUUCACAUAGUGUUUAACGACCGACAAGUUUCCAAUUUAGGUAGGUACUCAAUUUAAGAAGGAACUGCAGUGCUAGGGACUGGGGCUCUGUGUAUCUGGUCUAAAUCAUUUAUGUACUUAAACUCAUCUUAUGAUUUCGUUAUUUAUUGGUGCGGUCGUUCAUUUCAUAUGUUCUGCGUUAGUGGCAUUUUGAUAGACUUUAAGAGUUUCUGUCCAAAUGCUGUGAGCUAAAAUCCUGAUCCGUGUCUUAUAUUGAUUAUAAUGACUGAGUAGAUUAUGUAUAUAUAAAUAUCAUGAUUACCACGCAUUGCGUGGCAUUCCUUGCAAAUAAAGUACAUUUUUAUACUAUG